AUGCCGGAGCUUCACAAAGUCGGCCAACAAACGCAUACCGUGGGCAAUGAUGACUACGCCAGCGAAACGAGCCUCUCCGACAGGAUCCGAGGCCUAGCAUGUGAUCACGAGGGUGUAGGGAUUGCUGUUCUCCCUUUUGAAGGUUCGGGGAGGCUGUGUCGCCGAGAAAGCACAAAAGGGCAAGAAGCCCUAGGUCCAGGUGCCGGAAGCACCCUGGCUCCUGCCGCGCCGCGUUCGUGGUUGCACUGUGGGUACCACCUAACAACGUCGAUCGUGGCACCUGCUCUACUUAGCCUGCCCUUCGCAUUCGCAUCAUUAGGUUGGGGGGCGGGUGUCGCGUGUCUCGUCAUCGGCGCCCUGGUCACCUUUUACUCCUAUAACCUGCUCUCCGUGGUCCUCGAGCACCAUGCCCAGCGCGGCCGCCGCCUACUCCGAUUCAGAGACAUGGCUGACGACAUCAUCGGUGUUGGAUGUGGUCGUUAUUUCAUCGGCCCAAUUCAAUUCUUAGUAUGCUUUGGUGCAGUUGUUGGUUCGACCCUCCUAGCCGGGCAGAGCAUGAAGUCUAUCUAUCUUAUAGCAAAACCUGAGGGUCCGAUAAAGCUUUACGUGUUUGUGAUAAUAUUCGGCACGCUCAUGCUUGUGCUGGCACAACUUCCAUCAUUCCACUCACUAAGGCACGUCAACCUCGUCUCCUUGCUGCUCUGUCUUGCCUAUAGUGUCUGUGCCACUGCCGGAUCCAUAUAUGCCGGACACACAAAACGAGCACCUGUGAAAGACUACUCUCUUGUGGGUUCCACUCAAGAUCGCUCUGCGAAGGCCACGGCCGCAGCUCCGGUGAAAGGGAAGAUGUUCAAGGGGUUGUGCCUCUGCUACACAAUUGUGGUGUGCACGUUCUUCGGCGUGGCAAUCUCAGGGUACUGGGCAUUCGGCAAUCAAGCAGCGGGCACCAUCCUGAGUAAUUUCGCCGCGGACGGGGGAGCCACAGAUCUCAUCCCCAAAUGGCUCUUCACGAUCACCAACGUCUUCACCCUCCUCCAGCUCUCUGCCGUCGGAGUGGUGUACUUGCAGCCGACGAAUGAGGUGCUCGAGGGCCUGUUCGCAAACCCAACCGAGGGUCAGCAUUCAGCCCGGAAUGUGGUCCCCAGGCUCAUUUUCCGAUCCUUGUCCGUCAUUUUGGCAACAACCCUGGCUGCCAUGCUCCCUUUCUUCGGAGAUAUUAAUGCGGUGAUCGGCGCCUUCGGGUUCUUGCCCCUUGAUUUUGUUGUGCCGUCUAUUUUCUACAACAUCACCUUCAAACCGAACAGAAAGAGCCUCGUCUUUUGGGUCAACACCACUAUCACCAUCGUUUUCUCCGUGUUGGCAGCAUUAGGCUGUAUCUCAGCCAUUCGUCAAAUUACUCUAGACGCCAAUAAUUAUAAGCUUUUUGCUAAUGUGUGAAGCAACAGAUCGAGCAAAUUAAUCAAUAGCAGCUCCUCUA